AACCACCCGCAGCCGUUCCCGGUGCCACCCCCGGUGCCCCUCGGGGACUCCCGGUGCCCCGGGACGUGCCGCCCGUGCCCUCCUCACCUGUGCCCGGGCCUUGCUGACUCCGCUGUUUAUUUUUAUGUCAUACAAAUAUAUUUUUAUCGCCUCCGUGGCCCGGGACGGUCGCGGCCGCACGUCCCGGGGCUGCCCGAGCAGAGUCCGGCCCGCAUCAGCGGAGCCGCCGCCGCUUCAUCAAAGCGCCUUAAUGAGCGCCUAAUUAACCACCGGCGGCCUUUGAGGUGCCUCGGAGCCUUCCCGGGGACUCUGCUCGGGGGGGAAGGGGGCAGGGAGGGGACGCCCGUUAAAUACGGAGGGGACGGAGGCCGGGCAGCGGAGGGGCUGCGGAGCCAUGCCCGGUACGGCGGGCUGCGAGCUGGCCGAUGUGUCCCGAGUGAAGCAGCUCCCGGGGCAGGGCAAGGCCUCCCCCAUGGGCACCUCAGACAUGGAGAGGAAAGCGUCCUACGAGGAUGUCCCCGGGGAGCCCGGGGGGGUGGUCAGCACCAUCUCCAGCAGCAGGAGCCCCCUGCAGCCCCCCGAAGCUGACGAUGGGGAGCCCUUCACCACCUACUUCGACAGCAAGAUCCCCAUCCCCGAGGAUGAGACGCAUUCCUGCUUCAGCUUCCGCAAGCUGUGGGCGUUCACGGGGCCGGGCUUCCUGAUGAGCAUCGCCUACCUGGACCCUGGCAACAUCGAGUCUGACCUGCAGUCUGGGGCUGUGGCUGGCUUCAAGCUGCUGUGGGUGCUGCUGCUGGCCACCAUCAUCGGGCUGCUGCUGCAGAGGCUGGCAGCCAGGCUGGGCGUGGUCACCGGGCUGCACCUGGCAGAGGUGUGCCACCGCCAGUACCACAAGCUGCCUGCCAGCGCGGGAACGCUGAAUAUGAUCCCUCUCUGGGGGGGAGUGCUCAUCACCAUCGCCGACACCUUCGUCUUCCUCUUCCUCGACAAAUACGGCCUGAGGAAGCUCGAGGCGUUCUUUGGGCUCCUCAUCACCAUCAUGGCCCUGACCUUCGGAUAUGAGGUGCCCACCCCAGGAGACCCUGAGGGGUCCAGAGGCAGGAGUGGGGCUGGGGAAGGGGCUGCAGCACCAGGAGGGGCUGAGGGAGCUGGGGAAGGGGCUCAGCCUGGAGAAAAGGAGCUCAGGAGGGGCCUUGGAUCCCCACAACAGGAGGGGACAGCCAGGUGGGGCCAGGCUCUGCUCCCAGGGACAGGAGGAGACAAAAAGGCAUCCAGGUCGCGGCAGGUGAACCGAGCCGACAAGAGGGAGGUGAGGGAGGCCAACAAGUAUUUCUUCAUCGAGUCGUGCAUCGCGCUCUUCGUCUCCUUCAUCAUCAACAUCUUCGUGGUGACCGUCUUCGCCGAGGCCUUCUUCAACAAGACCAACGCCAACGUGCCUGUGCCCCAGUCCCGGCAGGUGAACCGAGCCGACAAGAGGGAGGUGAGGGAGGCCAACAAGUAUUUCUUCAUCGAGUCGUGCAUCGCGCUCUUCGUCUCCUUCAUCAUCAACAUCUUCGUGGUGACCGUCUUCGCCGAGGCCUUCUUCAACAAGACCAACGCCAACGUGAGCCAGGUCUGUGCCAACUCCAGCAGCCCCCACUCCUCGCUGUUCCCCAACAACAGCGACGCCCUGGAGGUGGACAUCUACAAGGGGGGCGUGGUCCUGGGCUGCUACUUCGGGCCCGCCGCCCUCUACAUCUGGGCCAUCGGCAUCCUGGCGGCCGGGCAGAGCUCCACCAUGACGGGCACCUACUCGGGCCAGUUCGUCAUGGAGGUAACGCGCUGCCGUCGCUCUAACUCAGCCCUUGCGCAGCCCUUACUCAGCCCUUACUCAGCCCUUACUCAGUCCUUACUCACUCCUUACUCAGCCCUUACUCAGCCCUUACUCAGCCCUUACUCCUUAGGAGGUAACGCGCUGCUGUCGCUCUUACUCACCCCUUACUCAGCCCUUACUCACUCCUUACUCAGCCCUUACUCCUUAGGGGGUAACCCCUUGCUCAGCCCGCCAUCCCCCUGUCCCUGUCCCUGUCCCUCUCAGCUCCCGUUCGCGCUGAUCCCGGUGCUCACCUUCACCAGCCUGCCCGGCGUCAUGCACGACUUCGCCAACGGCCUGUUCUGGCGGGUGGCCGGGGGUCUCCUCAUCCUGCUCAUCUGCAGCAUCAACAUGUACUUCGUGGUGGCCUACGUGAUGGCGCUGCACAGCCUGGCGCUCUACGUGGGCGCCGCGCUGCUCAGCGUGCUCUACCUGGCCUUCGUGGCCUACCUGACGUGGCUGUGCCUGGUGGCCCUGGGCGCCUCCUUCCUGGCCUGCGGGAGCACGGGCCGCCUGGGCUUCGCCGCCCGCCCCGAGCUCUUCCUCCUCGGCCGCGUGGACUCCGACCCGUCCGUCCCCAGGUGACCCCGGCGCGGGACCCCCGGGACCCCCGGGACCCCCGGGACCGCGAGCCCCGGGAGUGCGGCAGGAACGGAGACAGCGGGACCGGGAGGAGCCGCCGGACCCCGGGGACACCAGGACAGCCUUGGGGACACCGGGACAGCCC